AUGUCCCCGUUGCUUUUUGUUUUGGGAAUGGAGUAUUUGUCUAGAAUUAUGAAGAAACUAGGACAAAAAGAGGACUUUAAAUUCCAUGAACGGUGUAAAGCUUUUCAACUCAAUCAUUUGAGUUUUACAGAUGAUGUUCUUCUUUUUUGUCAUGGUGAUUUUAGGUCCAUAUAUUAUUUGUUGCAAGGGCUGAAACUCUUCUCUCAAACAUCAGGACUUCACCCAAAUGUAGCUAAAUCAGCGGUUUAUUGCUAUGAUAUGACUGGGGUUGAAGUGCAAAAGGUCCUUGAGGCUUCUGGUUUUAGCAGGAGUUCUUUACCGUUCAAGUACUUUGGGAUUCCAAUUUGUGCUAAAAGGAUUUCUGCUAAGGAGUGUGAGAUUUUACUAGAAAAAAUGGUGUUGCGAAUUAGGACUUGGAGCUCUCGCAACCUGUCUUAUGCAGGGAGAAUAAUCUUGAUCAAUUCUAUUUUAAUAUCUAUACACUCUUAUUGGUCACAAAUUAUGAUCAUUCCUAAACAGGUGUUAAAGCGAAUAAACUCCAUAUGCAGAGCUUUUUUAUGGAAAGGUCAGGCUCAUUUUGUUGGUACUGGGAAUGUGGCUUGGGAGCAUGCUUGUAGGCCGAAGAGAGAAGGGGGUCUUGGAUUCUGA